AUGUCCACCCGCGGGCAGUUCAACACGAAGAACCCGACUAUCAAGCGCAUAUUAAAGGAAGCGUCGGAACUGUCGGUAUCGCCCUCCUCGGACUACCACGCCGAACCUCUAGAAACCAACCUCUUCGAAUGGCACUUCACAAUCCGCGGCCCGCCCGAGCCAUCACCCUACGCCGGCGGCAUCUACCACGGUCGCAUAGUCCUCCCAUCGACGUAUCCUCUCCGCCCGCCAUCUUUCCGCUUCCUCACACCCACUGGCCGCUUCGAAGUCAACCGCGAGAUCUGCCUAAGCAUAUCGGGCCAUCAUGAAGAAACAUGGCAACCGGCUUGGGGCGUGCGCACAGCCCUCGUCGCGAUACGGAGCUUCAUGGACACGGAUGCGAAGGGCCAGCUCGGCGGCAUCGAAUGCAGCAGGGAGGCACGCGAGCGCAUGGCAAAGGACAGCGGCGCGUGGAAAUGUGCCGGCUGUGCCAAGAGCAAUGCUGACAUCAUGCAAGAGCGUGAGGAGCUCGUCAAGGAGGUUGAGGAGAAAGAAGGCAAGAGGAAAGACGAUCAAGUCCCCGAAGAGCUGAGACUUGCCUAUCGCGACGAGCUGGGUAAGGAAGGCCAGGACGACAAGCCGGUGGACAAGGGCAAGCAAAGGGCAGUAGAGAGUCCUGCUGAAGUCGCGUCGCCUGCCGCGCCAUCAUACCAGUCACAACCCAAACGCGACCCACUCCUGCUGUAUCUACGGCUAGACCUACAAGAACGAGACCCGCACCUCCGCUCCAACAGGUCGCCCAACAUAGUCCGGACCUGGCUUGGAUCGAUACUUGCAUUUACGGAGUAG